AUGGCCCCUCUGUCCGUGUUCCGAGUGGCUCUCCUGGUCUCGUUUUCUGUGUUUCUGACCGUUGUGCUGGGCUUCGGGCUGCCUGCGCUGCUGAACGCGGUCAUGAGGAUGUUGGGUUUACCGGAGACCAGCGUCACCGAGUGCAUAGUUGUGCUCUAUGUGGGGUUUGUGCUGUACGUUGCGACGCCUCGGAUUCCCAGAGGAGCGGUUGAGGUUAAAGGCAAAGCUGUGUUCAUUACAGGCUGCGACAGUGGCUUCGGCAACGCACUCGCCAAACAUCUGCACAAGCUCGGCUUCACUGUCUUCGCUGGCUGUUUUCUUAGGGAUGAAGGUGGAGAGGGUGCAAAGGAGCUUGAGGAGUUUCAUUCGGAUCGCAUGAAGGUCGUCCAGCUGGACGUCUGCAAUGAAGAGCAGGUGAACAAAGCCGUGGAGUUUAUCAAAGACAACCUGGAGGACUCAGAAAGAGGUCUGUGGGCUGUGGUGAACAACGCCGGCGUCUCAACGUUUGGAGAGGUAGAAUUCACCUCCAUGGCCACCUACAAGCAGGUGUCAGAGGUCAACCUGUGGGGCACCAUCCGGGUCACCAAAGCUGUUCUGCCGUUAAUCCGCAGGGCGAAAGGUCGUGUUGUAAACGUGGCCAGCAUGUACGGGAGGAUGGGCAACGCGAUGCGCUCACCGUACUGCGUAUCUAAAUACGGCGUGGAAGCUUUUUCUGACUGCCUGCGCUACGAGAUGAAGACCUGGGGAGUGAAAGUGUCCAUAAUCGAACCGGGGAACUUCAUCGUAGCCACCGGCAUCAUGACCCGCGACGUCGUGGCCACCACGGCCAAUAAGCUGUGGAGUGAGGCGCCUUCGGAUGUGAAGGAGGAUUACGGGAAGAGCCACUUCGAGCAGCACAUGGCUCUGAUGCGCUCUUACUGCAGCAGCGGACAGAAGGACAUGGCCCCUGUUCUGGACGACAUCACCGACGCCGUCACGUCCAAGCGUCCGUACACGAGAUACAACCCCAUGGAGCCGCACUGGUGGAUCAGGGUGCAGGUGAUGACCCAUCUGCCAGGCGCCUUGUCCGACUUGCUCUACUUCUAAAAGAGAAGUCGCUCCUGCUCCAGCUCCGUCUGUCUCACCAUCAGAUCAGAUAGCAGUAAAUUCUUCAACUCUGUAGCGAUACAUUGAUGUACUGACUCACCCUGAAGAGGGCUCUCUGCUACGUAUUCCUCAGCACUUGAAAUCAUUCACUGAUCAAGCCUUAAAACUUAAUGUGUUUUUUAAAAACUGUAAGUAAAUUAUUGCACUUUGCUUUUCAUACGUCUGGCAAGAACCAUAACUUUAUCUAUACAGAUAUAUAUUCUCUGAUAAGUAGUAACUACUUUGUGUUCGAUAUAAGCGGGGUUAUGAUGUGCUCAUAUCUAUGAAUACUCCCAUUGUCUUUUUAAAAAGUUUCUCCUCUUCUAUCUUUUUUAUAUUUGUAACGUUUCGCCUUUGUGGAAUCUUCUGGGGCCUGCUUGGUGUGAGGCUGGUUCUUGCUGUUCUGUUGUGGCCGACGCCGGAACAAACCAAGGUCAGCUACUGUAAGACCAUGGUGAGAUUUGGCUCGACUCGCCUCGCAGUUACAUAACAACAACACAAGCCCACUUUGUGAGAUCCUGCGUGCAGCUUUGACUCUGAUGAUGUGAUUAAUGGGCAUGCUCGAACAAAAAUGUUGUCCCUCCCUCCCUGCCUCCCUCUUCCCUCCCCGUCUUCACUUGGCACAAUAUUUUGUAUAUAGAAUGAUGCAAAUGAAUAGAGCAUUUUAUUUUAAAAUAUUACAAUCACAGUAUCAUUUUUCAAGAAUGAUUUGAAAUAAAGUGACCAAAAUAUGACUUGUGUUUCGUUGAAGGUGUCAUUCGAGAUCGGCCCGGGUGGUGUAGUUUUACAAACGGCCGCCAGGUGGCACACAUGCAUCGCACAAAAACUACCACAGCUAUCCUCAUGCAUCAGUUGUGCAGCCCUCAGACAAAUUUAACAUCACAAUUGAAGCUGUAUUAUGACAUUACAGCAAAGCUAAAGCACAGAAGAAAAAAAACAGUUUUUUUAUGACUUGAAGACAAUAUUUUGUAAUUCGGUAAAAUACUGCUUUAAGG